GAAGCUGCGCUGCUUACCAAUCGCGCAAUUGUUUAUAACCUGGGAUCGGCGAGCAUCCGGUUAAAAGUUACUCCGAUAUUUGCCAACAGUUUACAGUUUAAUUUCUCGACGGCAAUUCGGACAAGUGAAUUAUCGUUCAAACAUGAACGUCUUACGUUCGUGCGUUAAAACUGUUAUCCUGAGCAAAGGAGUGCGAUCUAUAAAUUACGAAGGACAGAGAUCCAUUAAAAGAUGGGUGGCAGCGACGCAAGUAGAAAUUACCAGACGCAAGAGGAAGCUAGAUCCGCAACCGGAGCCGAAACGCAACACUUUUCUCGAUUGGAAUAGAUCCGCGGAGAUUUAUGCCUUUAACAAACGAUUGUCCGAAAAUUUUGACACGGAAAAAUUGGAGCAAGCCUUCACUCAUAAGUCAUACCUUAUUCAAGAACAGCAUAGACAGAAGGAAAUGGGAAUUGAAGAUCCUGUACUCGCUAUACGAGAUAACGCUGAACUUAUUAGAGAUGGCGAGAAGCUCACGUCAGAAAUUGUGCAGAAUUAUCUAGUCCAAGUUUUACCACACGCAUCUGAGGAUGUCAUAAUUUCGUUGUACGACUACCUUCUUUCUGAGGAAAUCCUGGCUAAAGCAGCUUUUCAUAUUGGAACAAAAGAUAUUAUCUUAACAGAGGAACAUCCAGUGGCUCAAAAGACUUUAGCUGACACGUUUCUCGCGCUUGUCGCAGCGCUCGCGGAAAGUGUGGAUGCAAAUCACGCGGCGACUUUCGUUAGAGACUUCCUGAUUGUUAUAUUAGCUGAGAAGGAUCUAACAGAAAUAUGGAAUCCAGCUCGGCCAGUCGAGCUUUUAAAUGACGUUCUACGGAAACAAAACAGAUCACCGGCCGAACCAAGACUUAUUGCGCAAGCGGGACAAAAUACCCUCGAAGUGGCGUAUCACGUGGCAAUGUACUCCGAUAAACAAUUUCUAGGUUCAGGAUUUGGUCAAACGAUCCAGGAAGCCAAGGACGUGGCUGCUAUAAAUGUUUUAAGCCGAAUAUUUGGCCUAUUAGACUCCAGUAAACCAAUUCAGUUCAAUAAGACGAUAAAUCUAUCUUCGUGAACAAAGCAAAUGUUAUUCUUAAGGAGACGAAAUUUAGCACAGUGUAAUAAUGUUGAAAUUAUUUUCCUUGUAUAUAUAAACUAUGAAAGAAAUAAAAAAAAAAUAUAUAU